AACUUUGAAGCCUAAGUUUUAAACAUGAAAGUAGCAGUGGUUGGGGCAGGGAUAAGUGGACUUGUUUCUGCAUAUGAAUUGGCAAAAUCUGGAGUGAAAGUUGUGGUUUAUGAGAAGGAAGAUUAUCUCGGCGGCCAUGCCAAGACUGUUACCGUCGAUGGCGUCCAUCUUGACCUUGGUUUUAUGGCCUUCAAUCGGGUAACUUAUCCAAACAUGAUGGAGUUUUUUGAGUUCUUUGGAGUUGAAAUGGAGAUAUCUGAUAUGUCAUUUUCAGUGAGCGUAGACAAAGGCCGUGGUUGCGAAUGGGGUACCCGAAAUGGAAUCUCUAGUUUGUUUGCACAGAAGAAGAAUGUCUUGAAUCCAUAUUUUUGGCAAAUGAUUACAGAAAUUAUCAAGUUCAAGCAGCAUGUCAUAAGUUACCUUGAAGUACUUGACAACAAUCCUGACAUUGACCGCGAUGAAACAUUAUGGCAAUUUAUUAAGUCAAAUGGCUGUACGGAGUUAUUUCUGAAGGCAUAUCUGAUUCCAAUAUGUUCUUCAAUCUGGUCCUGUCCCUUAGAAGGAGUAAUGGGCUUUUCUGCUUAUUCUAUUCUUUCAUUCUUCCGCGACCACCAUCUUCUUCAGCUCUUUGGUCUCUCUCUGUUGCUCACUGUAAGAUGGGGAUCACAUACAUCUGUAAACAAGGUUAAGGAGGAGCUGGCGAAGAGAGGCUGCCAAAUAAGAAGUGGUUGUGAAGUAAAUUCUGUAUCGACAGAUGAAGAAGGUCUAGCCAUGUUCGCAUUUUUUAACGGGGCAGAAUGUCAUGUUGAAGAGGUGCAUCUUCUUGACAAAUUCGUUUUAACUUAUUUCUCUUGCUGCAAUGCUGCCUGCGAUAUUUUCCUUCAUCGUGACAAAACAUUCCUGCCUCGCGACCCAGCAGCAUGGAGUGCUUUGAACUUUCUUGGAACUACGAAUAAUAGAGGAUGCGUGACAUAUUGGCUCAAUGUAAUCCAGAAUCUUGGUGACUCAAAGCUGCCUUAUCUCGUAACCAUUGAUCCUCCUCACACACCAGAGCAUACAUUGCUUAAAUGGACAACAGGCUACCUAGUCCCCUCAGUUGCUGCAUCAAAAGCUUCACGUGAGCUAGAUCAAAUCCACGGGAAGAGAGGAAUAUGGUUUUGUGGAGCAUAUCAAGGUUAUGGCUUCCAUGAGGAUGGACUAAAGGUGGGUGUGGCUGCUGCAGAUGGCAUGCUUAGAAGGAAUUCUAAUAUUCUGGACAAACCCAAGCACAUGGUACCAACCUGGCCUGAAACAGGAGCACGCCUCGUUGUUACAAGAUUUUUCAGAAGUUUCAUUAAAACAGGAUGCAUAAUCUUGUUUGAAGGAGGAGGAACAGUUUUCACCUUCCAAGGAACAGAGAGGAAAUGCUCUCUGAAAGUUUCUCUUAGAAUUAAUAGUCCACAGUUUUACUGGAAGAUUGCAACUGAAGCUGAAAUAGGCCUUGCUGAUGCUUUUAUUCAUGGGGAUUUCUCUUUUGUUGACAAGAAUGAAGGUCUUCUUAAUCUUAUCAUGAUAUUUGUUGCCAACAGUGAUUUGAAAGCGUCUGUUACAAGUUCUAGCAAGAAAAGAGGCUGGUGGACACCAUUCCUUUUUACAGCAGCACUGCCAUCUGCAAAGUAUUUCAUUCGACAUUUUUUGAAUCAAAACACCCUGACUCAGGCUCGUCGGAAUAUCUCCCGUCACUAUGACCUGAGUAAUGAACUCUUCUCACUCUUUCUGGAUGAGACUAUGACAUACUCAUGUGCAAUAUUCAAGAGUGAGGAUGAAGACCUAAAAGAUGCACAGCUUAGAAAGAUUUCCGUUCUCAUUAAAAAGGCAAAAAUUAGCAAGGAACAUCACAUGUUAGAGAUAGGAUUUGGUUGGGGCAGUUUUGCUGUGGAAGUUGUCAAGCAAACAGGGUGUAAAUAUACUGGUAUAACUCUCUCCGAGCAGCAACUGGAGUAUGCACAGUUGAUAGUUGAGCAAGCAGGCCUUCAGGAUCGGAUUUCACUUCUCCUAUGUGACUAUCGUCAAAUGCCAAAUAAGGACAAAUAUCACAGGAUUGUAUCAAUUGGGAUGAUAGAACAUGUUGGUCAUGACUUUAUGGAUGAAUUCUUUACUUGCUGUGAGUCUGCAUUGGCAGAAGACGGGCUUCUAGUUCUGCAGUUCGUUUCGGUGCCAGAUGAGAGGUAUGGCGAAUACAGGCAAAGCAUAAGCUUCAUAAAAGUGUAUAUAUUCCCAGGCGGAUGCUUGCCUGCACUAAGUCGAGUAACAUCAGCCAUGGCUGCGGCAUCCAGAUUAUGUGUAGUGCACCUGGAAGAGAUCGGAAUUCAUUAUUAUCAGACACUGAGAUGUUGGCGGAAAAACUUCUUGGAAAAUCAGAUCCAAAUUCGUGCAUUGGGAUUCGAUGACAAGUUCAUCAGAACAUGGGAGUACUACUUUGACUGCUGUGCUGCUGGAUUCAAAACAUGCACAAUAGGAGAUUAUCAGAUUGUAUUUUCACGACCAGGCAAUGUUGCAGCAUUUGAUGAUCCUUACAACAGUGCACCUUCAGCUUAUUAGAGUUUUUUUGUUUGGAAUGUUGGAACUUCCUUUUGGAAAAUAAAUUAAUUCCUCAACACAACAAGAAAAACCUAAUCAAGCCAGAUGUGUCAUUGGUGUUCGGCUAAAUGAUAAAAAUAUUGUAACGUGGUGUUGUGAUAUUGUUUGCUUUGGGAAAAGUUGCACGAUCUUUCCCGAAAGGCCUCACGCCAUUGUAGUAUUCAACACCUUAUAAGUAACCUUUUUUUUAAGUUUCAUGUGAGACUUUAUUCACACCACAUCACAAUUGACUUAUACUUUUGUGAUCCUUUCGUAUUGUAUUCAGUAAACUCCUCUUUUAAGUUACCAAUUAAAAGUUAUUCAAGGAAAGGAGAGAUUAUUGAUUGAAGCUAAUAAA